AUGCGCAAAGGUUCCAUCAGUAUUGACUACACAAAGAGUAAUGUCUAUCAAGGUCAGGUGACCUUUGGUGGGCGGAGCCUUCAUCACGUCGACCCUGAUGUCCUAAAUCCUUACCAACAGGUCAUUGCCAUUCUCGGUGAGACUCUUUCUCACUUUGACGAUGACGGUCUCAUCCCUGCCUUUGGAUUUGGCGAUGCCUCGACCUCAGACAAGCGAGUGUUCCCGUUUAAGGAGACGGGGUUUUGUGACGGCUUCACGGACGUGUUACAGUGUUAUAACCUGAUCACGCCCAGAGUGAAGCUCAGCGGGCCCACAAACUUCGCCCCACUCAUAUAUCAGGCCAUCGAUAUAGUCAAGCAAACUAAAGCGUACCACAUCCUGGUGAUUGUUGCUGACGGGCAGGUCACCAGCGAGCGCGCCACCCGUAACGCCAUCGUCCAGGCCUCCAAGUACGCGCUGUCAAUCAUCCUGGUGGGCGUGGGGGACGGACCGUGGGACGCCAUGCGCGACUUCGACGACAACCUUCCCAGCAGGCAGUUCGACAACUUCCAGUUUGUCGAUUUUCACCAGGUUCGCGCGACCGCUCAGAAUCCUGACACGGCGUUUGCGGUACAGGCACUGAUGGAGAUCCCAGACCAGUACAAGGCUAUCAGACAGAUGGGGUAUCUGGAUAACUAGUAGCUUUGAACAAACUGUAAUCCAC